AUGAUAAGGGGUCUGUAUGUGAGGAAUUACACAAUAGAAAAUUCAAUUCAAAGAGCAUUUACAGGUCCGAACAGGUAUCUACUAGGAAAGAGCAACUCGAUUUUAUUUCUGAUUUCCUGCUCUUAUUCCACUUAUAGGCACAGAGAGGCGUGUAAAUAUAACUUUCAAGAUCCUGACCCGAUGUCAAAAAAAGCAGCCCAUUUCACGCAACUUGUGUGGGGUGCUUCCAAACAACUCGGCGUCGGUGUUGCUGCGGCAAAAAAUGCGGAAAAAAACUGCAUCUACGUUGUUGCUCGUUACAAGCCUAUGGAAGCCUUAAAGACCAAAGAGCAGCUUAAGACUAAUGUUAAAAAAGGAUUAUUUGAUGCUUCAAUAGACUGUGCCGCUACCUCAAAGAAAAAGUUUUUUAUCGCUGUUUAA